GUGUGGUUUGGAGAGUCGUGUGGAUGGAUUCUUCUUCCUUGCGGGAGAGCCUUAUCGACGAGAAUCCAGCGCGAUCGGGCAAGGGCGGCUACGAUCAUGCCGGAUUCUUGGCGAAGCUCACAUUGUCAUGGCUCAAUCCCCUGCUCCAUCUCGGAUCUUCCAGGCACCUCGAGGCGGCCGAUAUUCCAGCGCUCGGCCAUGGCGACCGCGCCGAUGCACUGCUGGAGGAGCUGCGAUCGCGAGGCGGCGACGCAGAGAAGAUCGUCGAGGGCGGGAGGAAGGAUAUUUUCGUGGCAUUGCUUCGAUGCCACCGGCGGCUGAUCUUCUUCACCGGAUUGCUGGCGCUAGUAAGAACGCUGGCGAUCUCUGCCGGCCCGAUCUUUCUCUAUCUCUUCGUCGAUUCGAUCGCGCGCCGAGAUUUGAAUCCAUCCAACGGAUUCCUCGUGAUCCUGGGUCUCGUCGCGGUCAAAGCCACUCAAUCCAUCGCGCACAGGCACUGGAGCUUCCAAUCGCGCCGCCUCGGCGUCAAGGCUCGCGCAUCGGUGUGCGCCGCGGUCUACGACAAGAUCCUCAAGAUUUCCAGCAAGGCCAGGCAGCGCCAUUCCGGCGGCGAGAUCGUGAGCUACAUGGGCGUGGAUUCCUACCGCCUGGGCGAGUUCUCGUGGUGGAUUCACUACUCUUGGGCCUGCAUCCUCCAGCUCCUCAUCGCCGUCUUGGUGCUCGUCAAGAUCGCGAAGCUCGCGACACUGGCCACCCUCUUGGUGCUGCUCGUGACUUUCUUCGUCCAGAUCCCAAUCUCCCGGAAUCUCCAGCUCGCGCAGACGAACCUCAUGAUCGCCCAGGACGAGCGCCUCCGCCGCACCGCCGAGGUUCUCAACAGCGUCAAGAUCAUCAAGCUCCAGGCGUGGGAGGAGGAAUUCAAGAAGAUGAUCGAUGCCUGCCGGGAGAGAGAGCUGCGCUGGACGAAAUCCGUGCACGUAGGGAGGAGCAAAAGCGUCAUGGUGUUUUGGCUCUCGUACGCGACGGCUCUCUCGCUCACGCUCAUCGCUUACGUGUGGCUCGGCUACGAGCUCAACGCCGCUGCCAUCUUUACCAUCUUCUCGGCGUUUGCAAACACCCAGGAGCCCGUAAGGAUCAUCGCCGAUGUUCUUACCACCGUGAGCCAGGCCAUCGUCUCGAUCAAGCGACUCCAAAUCUUCUUCCAAGACGAUGAGACCGGGGAUGAGAGCACGUCGGUUGGCACGACCUGUGCCGCCGGGAUGGAUUCGGCAGUGAGGAUCCGGAUUCAUGGGCCUGCCACCUUUGCCUGGGAUUUCGAUCAUUCUUCUCCGAGUUCUCACUGUAAGAAAAGCCUCUCGAGUGUCAACUUGAGCAUCAGGAGUGGACAAAAAGUCGCGGUUUGUGGGGCUGUCGGUUCUGGCAAGUCGUCGCUGCUGUGUGCAAUGCUUGGGGAGAUUCCCAAGAUCACUGGAGAGGCAGAAGUCAAUGGGACCGUUGCUUAUGUUUCUCAAGUUGCAUGGAUCCAGAGUGGAACGAUUCGAGACAAUAUACUGUUUGGAAAAACAAUGGUGGAAGAAAGUUACUCCAAGGUGAUCCGGGCUUGCGCACUGGAGAGGGAUCUGGAGAUGUUUCCUUUGGGUGACUUGACCGAGAUUGGGGAGAGGGGACUGAACUUAAGUGGUGGACAAAAGCAGAGGAUCCAGCUUGCUCGAGCAGUGUACAACGAUGCUGAUAUCUACCUGCUGGACGAUCCAUUUAGUGCGGUGGAUGCCCAGACAGCUGCGACAUUAUUUCAUGAGUGUGUGAUGAAAUCUCUGAGAAACAAGACUGUAGUACUGGUGACACAUCAGGUCGAGUUCCUUCCAGCAUUGGACGUGGUUGUGGUGAUGGAAGGUGGAACGAUCGAGCAACUUGGUUCAUACGAAGAGCUCCUCAACACUGGGCUAACACUGGAGAAGCUCGUGAACGCACACCACGACACACUAAGCAACGCUCUCAGCAAGAGCAGCGACGAUGGCGGCAAGCGCACGGGUGUGACGAACACACCAGCAGACUCCAACGACGAGAGCACGAAUCAAACACAAACUGCGCAGCUCACGGCGGACGAAGAGAAAGAAUUCGGUGAUCUCGGGUUGCAACCGUACAAAGACUACCUCUCGAUUUCCAAAGGUCAUGUCCUCUUCGGCUUUGAUCUGCUGAUGCAAGUCGGCCUGGUUGCUGGCCAGGUGACGGGAGGAUUAUGGCUGGCUUAUCAGGUGAUGAAGCCAGGCAUUGAUGGUCCUUACGUUGCGUAUGGGUACACGAUUAUCGCCUAUGUGACAAGCCUAUUCUUGCUGGUACGAUUGUUCGUGCACUUGGCACUCGGGCUCAAAGCUUCCAGAUCGAUCUACUCAGGCCUUAUGACGUCGUUGUUUAGAGCUCCAAUGUCUUUCUUCGACUCCACUCCAACAGGAAGGAUUCUAACCCGGGCCUCGAGUGAUAUGUCGAUAGUGGAUGUCGACGUGUUCAUGGUCGGACAUAUCCUUAUUGCGUUUGUUUUCGAUUUUCCAGGCGUCAUGGUUGUUCUUGGGGUUGUUCUUUGGCCGUCGCUGUUCGUUGUCAUUCCCAUGUUGUGGGUGAUUCUAAAGAUCGAGGCAUUCUACCGAACUUCUGCUCAAGAGAUGAUGAGACUGAAUGCAAUGACCAAGUCUCCUAUCCUCAACCUCUCUGGCGAAACCGUGAGAGGGGCUGUGACAAUCCGAGCCUUUAGAAUGAAGGAGCGGUUCAUGCAGAGAUCUAUGGAGCUCAUCAACAAAGACUCGUCAAUCUACUUGCACACGAAUGCCGCGAUAGAGUGGCUCAUUCUCAGAGUGGAGGCCUGCGGUUUGAUUUUGCUUCUUGUCUUUGGAGUUGGCUUAAACUUGGAUCCAAGCUUGACACCAGGAUUGGCUGGAGUCGGACUUGCGUAUGGACUGUUGAUCAAUGUCAGCCUUGUGUUUAUGUCGCAGUGGUACUGUCAGAUGGCGAGUCACAUUGUUUCAGUGGAGAGAAUCAAACAAUAUAUGGACAUCCCUGUGGAGCCUCCAGCAAUUGUAGAGCACAACAGGCCACCAAAGACGUGGCCCAGCCAUGGAGAAAUCGUUUUCCAAAAUUUGCAGAUCAAGUACAGGCCGGAUUUGCCUCUUGUUCUUCGAGGAAUCAGCUGCAAAAUGGAGGGAGGCAAGAGGAUUGGCGUCGUCGGACGCACAGGAAGCGGGAAAUCAACACUGAUAAGUGCGAUAUUCCGGCUUGUUGAUCCUGCUGGUGGUACCAUUCUCAUCGAUGGUAUCGACAUUUGCUCGAUUGGCCUUCACGAUCUGAGGUCCAAGCUCGGAAUCAUCCCGCAGGAGCCGACGCUAUUUCGUGGAACCAUUCGAACAAAUCUGGAUCCUCUAGGAAAAUACAGCGACCUCGACAUCUGGGAGGCUCUGGAAAAGUGUCAGAUGGCCAAGGAAAUCCAUAGCAUGGCGAAUCAGCUCGAUUCAUCGGUGAGCGACGAAGGUGGCAACUGGAGCGCUGGACAGAGGCAGCUCUUCUGCCUGGGACGAGUUCUUCUCAAGCGCACAAGAGUUCUCGUGCUGGACGAGGCCACCGCGUCCAUCGAUUCCUCCACGGACGCCGUGUUGCAAAGAGUGAUACGUGAGGAAUUCGCGACGUGCACCGUGGUCACCGUCGCUCACCGCAUCCCGACCGUGAUCGACUGCGACAUGGUUCUCACUCUCCAAGACGGGGUUCUCCUGGAAUUCCAGCCGCCGGAGGUUCUUCUCCAGGAUAGAAGCUCCGGUUUUGCGAAGCUCGUUGCCGAGUAUUGGGCUCAACGAUCCCACCGAAACUAAAGUUCUCCAAAACUUUAGCAUUGAUAGUUGCAAACUUCAACUCGUAAGUUUGCUAUACGGCAAGAUUCGAAUCAAAUCAUCAAAAGGAACGAUCAAACAUAAAUUAAUCAAUUCUAUACAAUGCCACCAUCUCUAUCA